GGGAGGGGGCGUGUCCCUGGCGGUUCAGCAGAUGGCGUGAUGGUGUUUAUUAUCAUGCAAACAUGGAAAGUACUUCCAAGACAUAUCAAACAAGACAGAAAAGAAAGUCAAAUGAGCCCAUUCCAAAGUCCAGGGUGGACUGGAAACGUACAAAAAUAGACACUAUAUCCCACAUUCUUGACUCUGAUGAGUUGACUUCCACAUCCGAAGAAGAGGAGGAGCAAGUUGAUAGCAGCAGCCUAUCCAGUGAAGAGAAUGAAGAACAGCUGAAAGUACCGAAGUGUACUGCAGAUGAUGGUGAAGAGAAAAUCAGGAAACCCAGACACAAGAACAGAUCUAUGACAAUAGAGAGCAGUGACAGUAGCUCUGACAGCGAUGGGCCCGGUUUGAGAGUCCUCGUCAGACGGCGUCGUACUAUAGAUGAAGAUGAUGACUCUUUGAAUAAAGCCAAUGAUGGCGGAGUUUCAGAAGAAGUCAAGGUUCAAAUCAAGAAGCAAAAGAGGAAAGAUAACCUGAAACAGCUUGCUGAGAAACGACGAUCCCGAAACCCAAGAGCCAGCUGGGAAUCCGAUGAGGCAAGUUCCAGCAGUGAGUACAUUCCCCUCACUCCAGAAACAAUGGGUGAAGAUGAGGACAGUCAGGAGAUGGAAGACUUCAUUGAACAAGAUGAGGAAGAAGAUGAGGAGGAUGAAGAUGGAAACCGACCAUUGAGAUAUCAGGAUUUGUUCUUGAGGCACAGAAUUCCUCAGUUUGCAUGUAAUGACCUUUAUACACAUCUCAGAAAGUGAUCAAGGCUUUCCUAAUUAAUAUCGCUGAUCACACAUUUCUAGAAACCUUGUAUGAUGGAAAAAGAGAGAAAAGGUAUGCAAAAGACAUGCUGAAGUCUCUAAAUUAUUUGGAUGAUCGUGUUCUAUCCCCUCGUCUUGAUAAACUCACCUCAAGCUGUCGUUGGAAACCCCGGUACAAGGAGAGGGUAAAUUCUUACCCCAAACUUCACUUAAGGGUGAUAAAGGCUGAAGAACAAUCCUGCGAUGCCUGUGAAUUGUUCCGGUACUGCAAAUACGUGGUGACCCUUUCUGGACAGGCCUAUGAUGAUGAAACUUUAGAAUAUGAUAAUUUUCUUCCUGAAGAUAAACAGUAUUUGGUGGUCGGCAAUACAUGCGGCCGUCGUACUGAAGUGUAUCACCGACUCAAGCAUUAUAAAUUCCACCUGUACCAGCGCUGCAUUCCAUUUUUACAGAUCUCUGAGGAACAUUCUGUUAAAGAGUCAGUGGAAAUAGCUCUACUGAAAAUGGAAGAGCAAAAAUUUAUUCAGGAGGAUAUUGAAUGUCUUCAAAUGUAUGUGGAUACAGCAGAAAAACUUUUCAGGAUGAAACAGAGGAGUCAUUAAUUUCUUAA